GGUCUGGUGAGCAAGAAUGUAUUCUCUUUCUACUUGGCACGCAACAGCAGCUCAACCCAAGGUGGUAAAAUGAUCUUAGGCGGCUCCGAUUCCAGCUACUACCACGGAUCACUCACCUACGUGCCAGUCUCUAAGCAGGGCUAUUGGCAAUUCAGUUUAGGUGGAGUCACCCUUGCUGGCAAAAGCCUUUGCGGUUACGGUUGCCAGGCCAUCGCCGAUACAGGUACCUCGCAAAUUAUUGCUCCCCUAGGUGCCUACAAAAAAUUUGCUAGCAUUGUUAGACCCAACAACAAGGGUCUGGUCGAUUGCGCGCUCAUCGGCUCUCUGGGUGACAUAGAAUUCCUUAUAGGCGGUAAAACUUUCCCCCUGCCAGUGUCGCAGUACAUUCUUGAGGAGAACGGUUAUUGCUACUCUGCUAUCAGUUAUAUUGGAACUGAUUACUGGAUCUUGGGUGAUAUCUUUAUUGGUCUCUACUACACUGUGUUCGAUAUCGGCAAAAAUCGUAUUGGUUUCGCACCUGUCGCCUAA